AUGGCAUCCUCCAGGCCACAGGCCAGCCAAGGAUCUGAGAAGAGGAAGAGAGACAAGGCCGACCGAGACGAGUCGUCCCACACCAAGAAACGAAAACACGGACGGGCGGACAAGGAGAACGCUUCUGCCACGCCGUCAAGGAAAGGACAUGCGGACCGCGCGAGCGACGAGACGGCUACCAAUCAAGGCGGGAUCGAGUCUCGAGCGAAGGACGGUUUCUUUCAGAGGAACAACUCGCAGAAUUGGAGAAUAUCCGAGCCAAUGGGUGGAAGGAUGUCUGAUGUAGAUCCCAUCUUCAGUGCGGACGAGAAGUUCCUACUCAUCACUUACGACACAUCACUCCAAAUCUACUCUGUCGCCGACUCCCUGCUGGUCCGCCGGAUUGCGCUGCCUGUUGUCGGCGCGAACAGUGGCGCUCCUUACCUCGUCGCAUCGGCACUCUCCGAAACGUCACCAAAUCUUGUCUGGCUCGCUGCCUCCGACGGACGCAUAUGGCGCAUUGAUUGGACGAACGGCACUGGGGUCGAGGACUGCUUCCGAACGAAGGCAGGAGUUAUCCACGAUAUGACAGUCGGGUCGGUCAGCUUGAACAAGACGCCUUCGGAUGUCCUAUUUGUCUCGGAGAGCCUGAAAUCCUCCUUCAAAAUUGUCGCAUACGAUCCAUCAGACCUUGCCAGCCCCAAGAGCCAUGUCCUGCAAAGUGACAUAGGGAGAGUUAAUAUUGUCCGGGCCGCCAUCGGUGGCCUCGUGCUUGUUGCUGUCGCAGGGAGCACGAUGCUCGUGGGUACCCUGAAGCAAAAGACCAACCACAGCGUGGAGAACCUGCACUAUGACUUUUACUCUGUAAACACAGUCGACGAUGUGUGCUGCCUGAGCAUAAGGCACGUGCCUAAGAAAUCUGGCUCCAAAAAGAAGGCUGGUCACGAUUCGAACGAUUUGGUUGUUGACGUGGCCGUUGGAUGUGUCCGAGGUGCCCUUUUCGUGUACUCAGAUUUGCUCACACAGCUGCAAAAUAAAUUGAAAAAGGGACUCGACGUACCUAGGAAGCAACAUUGGCAUCGGAAGGCUGUCCACAGUGUGGCAUGGUCCAAAGAUGGCAAUUAUCUCAUAUCCGGUGGCUCAGAGUCAGUACUUGUACUGUGGCAACUGGACACCGGCAAACUUGACUUUCUUCCGCACCUUGCUGCCAGCAUCGAGAAUAUCGUGGUCUCCCCCAGCGGCUCGUCUUACGCUGUUCACAUGGAUGACAACUCGUCAAUGGUCCUGUCCACCGCGGAAAUGAAGCCCACCACUUAUGUGUCAGGUCUACAAUCGCUUGUCUUCGAGGCCAAGAAAUCCAAGGAUGAGUUGAUCCACCGUGUAGCUGAGGGUCUUAACGAGAUCAAUGCGCCACUAGCAGCUGCCAUCGACCCCAGAGACCCAUCUCAGCUGCUUAUCUGCGUCGGCAGCAGCCAACAAGCCACUCGCGUCGGCUCGUUACCGAUCACGCCUUUCCUGCAGCGCUUCGACCUUGGGUCUUUCCAAAGUCUUGCAAAACAGCCACUGACCAGGACGAACACUGCUCAGCUGUACGCAGCACCCUCGGGCCAUCCGAUCAUCGAGCCAAGAGCAUGCCAGCUCGCCUUUUCCCAUGACGGCAAAUGGCUCGCCACUAUCGACGAGUGGGAACCUCCUGAGCGAGAUGUAGUGGCCCUUACGGAGGGCUCGAUCGCUGCAGCGGAGGAGUACACCCGUGAACGUCGUGAGGUAUACCUCAAGUUCUGGGAGACGAAGGACGACGGGACGACCAUGACACUAUCUAGCAGGGUCAAUGGCCCUCAUUCGACGCGGCAGCCGGAAGAUGUCUUCGCUAUCGCUGCAGACAGAGUGUCUACUAAGUUUGCGACUGUUGGAGAGGACGGCUGCCUUCGAAUUUGGGCUCCUCGGCUUCGCGAGCGUGACGGUCUCGCGACCACCGCUCCCACCGGGGAGGCUUUGGUCAGCUGGUCUUGUGUUCGGACGAUAGCACUGGGUGAGAGUGUGAAGUCACAGGACGAGCUGAUGCCCAUGGGAGGGCAGGCGACGCAAAAGAAGAGCGGGGCGCUGACCUACUCGGAAGACGGCUCCAUUCUAUUUGUGGCAUAUGGUUUCUACAACGAAGUCGUCAUCUAUAUCAUUGACAUGGAGUCAGGAGAGAUACGGAAUAGCCUGCAAGACCUGUGCAAGGGUGCCGUCAGAUCACUACAGCUCCUCAACUCUUGCCUGAUCAUACUCUCUGAGGACCUCGCUGUGUACGACCUCGUGAGGGAUGAGCUUCGGUACGGCGUUCAGUUAGGUGACAGGUCACAGUCUGCCGCAAAGAUGACCCACCUUGCCGUCGACAACAAAUCUCAGAGCUUCGCAGUCGCGCUGCCCUUCCUGAAAGCUACCAACGGGAAGUUGUCAAGGGGCGCCUUCUCGGAGGUUGCGAUCUUCGGCCUGGAGGACAACGAACCUCACUUGAUGAAGAAGCUCCCACACCUCGUCACUGCACUUCUGCCGGCCGUCGGCUCAUCGGGCUUCGUGGCCGUCGACUCAGCAGCGCAGAUCUGGCCUAUCGUGGAGGGCACGGACUCGUCGAACAUCGCGCGGCCCCUGUCCGAGCUGAAGCUUGACGACCAGCCCACCGCCGAGGAGGACGCAGCGGAAGAGAGCAAACCCGUCAUCAUAGAUGGUGCUGAUGACGAGGGCAGCGAUGAAGAACUUGACGGCGAGGCUAUGGAUGUCGAUGAGGGUGAUGACGACGCACAUGCUGCCGUCGUUGCACCGCAGCGUCUCGCUGAGAUCUUUGACGCCGCACCUGCUUUUGCGAUGCCACCGGUCGAGGAUACCUUCUACAAAGUGGUGGGCUUAUUCUCCCAGAAGACGUCGCAGGGCAGUUGA